AUGAGUUUUCGGUGGUUGCGACGGCCUAUCCGUGGCGUUUUGUUAGAUAUUUCAGGUGUUUUGAAAGACGGUUCUACGGUUAUACCAGGUUCAGUGGAGGCUGUUAAUUUGCUACGGGAGUCGGGUUUGGCUUUGAGGUUAGUGACAAACGAAUCGCAAGAAACAAGAAGCUCGCUGGCGGAAAAACUUUCGAGUCUGGGAUUUAGUGUGCACGAGAGAGACAUUAUUCCUCCAGGCCCAACGCUUGUCGACUUGCUACUGAGAGAAAAUCUUAGGCCACAUCUUCUGGUUCAUCCAGAUCUAGUUGCAGAGUUUAAAGGAAUUGACACCUCGAAUCCGAAUUGUGUUGUAAUUGGAGAUGCUGCAGAAUCAUUUACCUACGAAAAUCUUAACAAAGCUUUUCGGGUUCUUAUAGACGCCAAAGAGCCGCGAUUGUUCACCCUUGGAAGAGGGCGAUACUACAAGGAAAAGGAUUCUCUGAUGCUAGACGUGGGUGUGUUCGCAGUCGCUCUGGAAUAUGCUUCCGGCGUGAAAGCUGAAGUGGUGGGCAAGCCUCAUCCAGAUUUUUUCAAGGCUGCUCUGCGAGACAUUGGUGUUGAUGCGGAAGAAGCAGUGAUGAUUGGCGAUGACUUACUAUCUGAUGUAGGGGGUGCACAGAACUGUGGUCUUGCGGGAGUUUUGGUGAGGACUGGAAAAUUCCGACCUGGUGAUGAAACAAAUCCCUCUGUAAAACCUGAUGCAAUAGUUGAUAAUUUAGCGCAGGCUGUUCAGCUACUUUUAAAAUCAGAACACUGA